CACCACCCGUCAACCACAACCACUACCUUUAUUCAAAUAUCUCCAGUCUCCUCUUUCUCCCGACAUCUUCCCUCCCUCCCUCUCUUCUUUCCCCCCUCAUCCCCGACCACCAAAUCACCAACGGUCCGACGGUACGGUAGGUUUAGAGAAGCACGUUCCAGACGCCUUAUCCAAAGGUCCCAGGUCCAGUUCAGGUUCCCAGGUCACAAGGUCCAAGGUCUUGCAGGUCCAGCCGUUCUCUACAACUUAUCGUACUCAACGUGCACCCGUCCGUCCAUCGGCUCGCUCCCUCUGCCGCCGCAUCGCGCCUACGCUCAUCCGUACUCGAGCAGCAUCUCGCAUCGUCCAUACCACCAAUUCGACGCCGCCCAUACUGUUGGCAAGUCCACAUCCUAAAACACCCAGCCCAUCCACCACCCACCAAACAGCGGACCUUUGAGAAUUUCCCAAUCGUUUUCCCUCCAUCCAAUAUUUGAUUGUUGGUUUUUUUUUUACCCCCCGGCUCUCCAAGUUUCUCUGCACACUGCGUCUCCGUCUCCCUGUCAGGCAUUGGGAACGAGGAAGCAAAAGAAAAGAGACAGAAACAGGACAUUUCAAGGCUAGACCCUGCACGACGGCACUAGAUAGCAAAGAAUUGCAUUGCUCCUCUGCUCUGUCAUUCUUGCUGUACUCUCGGAUCCUCUCGCUCCAUCCAUUUCAUCCUCCCUCUGCUCUGCUCGGCCACCGAAAAAGCGUAGCUCGAGCGAGAACUAGAGGUCGUAGCCUCCGAAACGCAAAAUCGACACCGACCCGACCGCCGCACUGCUGCAUCUCACACCGCACCGCACCGCACUGCACUGCUUUGCUCCUGCUCCCGGGACUCUAGGCCAAAACGAAGACAAGAAAAAAGAAAAAAAGAAGAAAAAAAGAGGAUAGGAAGGGUCGUCUGUCAGCCUCUCGGUUCCCUCUUUUUUCAUUCCUUUUUUUCGAGAAGGACCUUCCAUGCAACAAAAGCGGUUCGCUCCCUCCUCGACUUCCGCCCACGUCCGUCCAACACAUCCCAAGGCCCAUCGUGGACCGGCCUCGUUUGCCUCGACCCCCGUUCCCCCAAGAGACGCCGUCGUAGCCGUCAACCUGAACCGAGAGUGUCCGGAAAAGGAAGAAACAAAUUACAUGAAUUCAACGGAAAGGACGAACUCACACUUCUCCCGCAAACUCAAUUCGUCCUCCGGUCCUCCGAUGUUGCUUGCAACAACACAAUAACGAACGGCCUCUCCAUCCCAUCUUUCCCACCCCUCGUCCCUCUCGAUCCCAGACGAAGCGCACACUGCACCCCCGCAAAUCCACACCUCGCCGCGGUAAUCCACCAAACAAUCACUACCCCGAGCAGGUUCGACAGGGCAGUUCGACUUCGAGAUCCGAGAGUAGAAGCCCAAAUCUCCUUCGACGCCGACUUGGACUCGUACGACUGGAUUACGUUUGGCAAGGUCCAAAAUAGAAUUCGUCUUGGAAACAACCGCAACAUUCGUUUUUUUCGGUCUCCUGACGAUCGUCUCUCUCUCCAACAUCCCUUGUCACGACAUAUCGAGUAUCGUCCUGGUCCCAGCCCUCACCAAACCAAAUAACAUACCCAGACCAAACCCAAAUCCACUACUUCACUAACACCGCCGCCAAUACCAACCCAAAAUAGUACUUUCGUUGUCGAACUCGAGCACACACACACGAUCUCUUCUUCGGCCACUCGCAAACAUGGAGUCGUCUUCGCCCUUGGCCGCCAUGCACCGUCCUAUGGCCAUGCCUUCCUGGGGAAGCAAGGAUCUUUUCCGCCCCCGCCCUCACAGCUUCGCCGCCGGCCCCGGCCCCAUCAGCCUACGCGAGCAGCUUCAAAGGUCAAACGAUUACUUCAAUGUUAAGGACCUUCAAGGCUCUUCGCCCGCUGCGAGCCUGGCCGCCGAUCUUUCCCAGAACUUUCGUCUGGACAGCGAAGCGAGUCCCAAGUUCCCGACGCCUCGUCGCGCCUUGUUCACGUCCAGCAUGAUGGGUGACUUGGAGUCGCAUGAUUAUGUGACGACGCCUCCACUGCCCGAAUCGUCGCCUGCCCCCCUCAAUGAGAUGAUGGAUGUCUCGCCGCUGCCGCACAAGCUCCCGUUCAUGACCCAAAUCGAGAUUACGUCACCGACCCCGGGCUCGACUCCUACGGGCAACGAGGACGACGAGAUGAUGUUGGACUCGCCAGCCCCCAUUUCGCGGCAGACGUCGUUGGAGCCACCCAAGCCACUGGUAGCCGAACGGAGAAAGCCAGCCAUGCGCCGGCCCUCCCUGACUCGGAUGAAGGGCUACUCGACUAGUGGCGUUCCCGGCCGUUCCAACACAGACAACCAGCUCCCCACCUUCCGAUUUGGUGAGAAUCGUUUGACACAUAUGAGCAGCGCCCUAUCCCUGGGAGAGUGCUUCGAUGCCACAUCCCCUCCACAAGAACGACGACCGCAGACUGCCAACAGCCCUACUCCUGCCGUGCCUGGUGCCGUUCGUCCUCGUCCUCAAUUCUCCAGCCUCUCGGGCAACCGCAGCAGUCCUUUUGGCAGUGCUCACGGCCGCCGGCCCUCCAAUCCUUUCAUGCGUCCCCGCAAGCAGUUCCGCCGCUCCCUGAGCAUGUUUGAGCACCCCGGCGACGUCGUCAAGUCCAAGUCGGAAGGCGGCGACUCCCCGCCCAGCACCCCCGAGUCCCACGCCAGCAUGGAUGCCGAUGAUGCCCAGGACCCCUUGCUGCCUCACUUCCUCGCCGAUGACCCUACCGACACCAUCCCCCGCAUAACGAGAGAGACCAUGGUGGACCUGCUGGACGGAAAGUACAGUGACCGGUUCGAUCAGAAGAUGAUCAUUGACUGCCGCUUCGAGUACGAGUAUGAGGGCGGCCACAUUGACGGCGCUGUCAACUACAACAGCAAGGACCUCCUCGCUUCCCAAUUGUUCCAACACCCUAUGCAAGGGCGCACCAUUCUCAUCUUCCACUGCGAAUACUCUGCCCACCGCGCCCCCAUGAUGGCUCGCCACGUCCGCUCCGAGGACCGGACUGUCAACGCCGAGCACUACCCGCGACUCACAUACCCUGACGUGUAUAUUCUUGAAGGAGGAUACAGCGGCUUCUUCGCCGAGCACCGCUGCCGGUGCUAUCCUCAAAACUAUGUGGAGAUGUCGGACGAGGCUCACCAACGCACUUGUGAACGCGAGCUCGGCCGUCUCAAGAACCCUCGCAAGGGUUUUGGCAGAGCUCAGACGUUCGCCUUUGGCCAACGCGAGUCCUGCGGCGUGGACCAGUCGCCCACCGCACCCUCGCGUCCCGGAGGCCUUAGACCCAGCGUCAGCUUCCGACAAGAUCCCAUCGCCAUGAUUGGCAACUCUCCAAUCCUCGGCGAACGAUGCCACGCGCGACGCAUGGCAUCCUACUAACACAUGACCUACAUCACGACUUUCCCCUCUGUUUUUCACGUCGUCUACUGCACACGUGGAUGGGGAAAAUCUCCUUGCUUGGCAAGGGGGGAAUGGGGACCCUCCCCUGCAGGACCCUAAGGGUGUUUAUCUGCUGUACCGUGUUUUUUUUCUCCUGCGUACAGACAUGUCGACCCCUUCGGUGUCUCCUAAUAGGGCGAACCACAGCAGCCUGUCGAUUCCUUGCGUUUCUCUUACUGCACCUGUUCAACCCCUAUUCGAUUCACCUGCCUAUAUUCCGCCUUUACCACUCCGGACUCAGUAGCAGCUAACGCUUACGGCCGCGACGACUUCAACUUUGACGCUAAUCGAACUCGUUUUGAACUGUGGCCUGCACAGUGAUCUGAACAUACAACAAAAACAACAACCCGGCAUUAGACGCAUUUGGCAUAUUGUCCCAGCAUCGCCUCGAAUGGUUGUUCGGAGUCCACUUUGGAUCUGGCAUCUUGGGGUGGCUCCCUAUCGGCAUUUUACAGCAUUGUUCUUGGCUUUUCUUUUUCUUCCCUUUGUCACAACACUCUUCUGCAUCACUCGACGCUGUCGAGCAAGUCCGCCGAGAUGGCGUUGGUCCCGACGCACACAAACACAAUGACGCACGGGAGCAUUUCGGUAUGACAUCUCGGUCUUGGUUACUGUCGGCGGUGUCCCCCACAUUAUCCGGAGGAACAUUUCGGACCUCUCACUCGGCGGACUGUCUUUUUCCUUUGUGCUCAACUCGGUCACUUGACCACCUUCACCUGAUACCAAACCCCUUUCUAUCCAACCCCCGGAUACCCGACAUCCUUGUCAUCGGAUGGCACACAAACACAAACACACACACACACACACAGACCUCUCGACACCAAUUCCCUUUUACCAUUUUUAUUCUUCGUCAAAACAAAGCCCCACGGACCUUCUUCCGAUGGUCGAGCUUGUUGGAGGACUACAACCUCCGCUGUGUAUACUUGUAGGACUAGUCGCGACAGACGCGCGCAGAGGAGCGAAAAAGAGCUAUACAGUGGAUGAAAAGCAGUUGCUUGGGAUGAUCGCCUUGUGAUAUUGGCGAAGGGGGUUGAACAGCACUGCAAGCUUGGAAGCUGCAAAUCGUGCAAAACCGCAUGGGUGAAUCCAUGCACUUUCUGUACAUUGGCGAUGAAGAAGAAAUUGCCCUUACGGAGUGAUCCAUGAUAGAAGGAUCAGAUCACUCUAAGCUAGCUCAUACUCUGUUAAAACCAAAAUACACACA